AUGGCGCGAAACGCAAUAACCCCGUGGGCAAUUUUCGCCAGUGGUAUCGCAGCACUCCUCGUCACGUCUCUGCUGAGCAGCAGCGCGCUCCUUAAGGCGCAGGCGGAGGGGCAGGGGCAGGCGGACUGGGAGGCGCAGACGGAGUCGAUCCUCCAGCAGGUGUCGCAGCAGACUUACCUCUCCGCCUUCUCUGAGAUUUUCACCGACUUCUACCAAUCGGGCCAGCUGUACAUAGACCAGCCGGCGACGCUGCUGAUCCCCACCAACGUGGGGCACUGGCGCUACCUGACGCAGUGGAACACGCUCACGCCCAAGCAGAAGCGCCGCGUGCUGCGAUACCACGUGAUCAAGGGGCGCUACACCACACAGGAGCUCCUCGAUGCGCCGCCGCUCACGCUCUUCCCCACUCUUAACCAGAAUCUGCCGCUGAACAAGACUGCCAAGCCCAACGAGGUGUAUUUCCAGUCCAUUCCCCCCAUGAAGUUCGCCUCUCCUCUCAGCGUGCCCAAUGCAGGGCUGACAGAGAAUCUGGCGGCGCAUGGCGUGACGUUUGUCAUCCUGCCACCCAACCUCAACUGCACCUCCUCUGCUUGCAAGAAGAGGCACCUCACAAGCAUCUCCAUCUCGCCAGGAACGCAAGUUGACCGCUUGGCUGCUCUCCCUAUUGCACAGCUUCCCAAGUUAAAGUCGCUGGGAUUCGCGGGAUGCUUUCCCGAGUUGUUCCCGUCGGGAGAGCCGAGCAGCAGCGUUGAGCGGCUCGUCAUCUCCAUGAAAAAUUGGCGUGACGAUGAGGAGUUUAAUCAAACCGUGGAGCUUCCUCGCGACAUUGCACAGCUGCUGCCGCGCCUUCGAGAGCUCUCCAUUCGCGAGUGCGAGAAGUUUACCGAGCUGCCUGAGAGCUUCGCUUCCCUCAGCAAUCUCGAGAGUUUGGUUAUCUCCACCUGCGAUGAUUUUCGCAGCGUGCCCGGGAAUUUCGGGCAGCUACCUGUUCUAAAAACAUUGGUGCUGAACGCAGUGUAUUUUCUUCCCGAUCUUCCAGACUCCUGCCAGAUCACCUCUCUAGAGACUCUUAUCAUGAGCGAGUGUGUUCAAAUGGACCAACUCCCUGACGGAUUCUGCAACCUCACAUCGCUCCAGACCCUAUGCAUUAUGCACGUGGUAGAAUGGGACGAGUUCCCCAUUCCAGAGUGUAUUGCAGGAUUCCCUCAACUUCAUACACUUUACCUCAAGUUCGUUACUGUGCAUCAACUCCUGCCUUCACUCCCCCGGUUGACUUCCUUGACUCGGCUUGAACUGGACAGUUGCCAGAUGGAAGAAGAUUUCCCUCGGGAUUUGGGGAAGCUGAGUAACCUGCAGCAGCUGCAUCUCCGUUCCUGCCCAAUCAGGGAGCUUCCAGCGUCCUUCACUGCUCUCACCAGCCUUCAGAUCCUCACAAUCAAGAGUUGUAAUCGGCUCACCUCUAUAGCUGGGAGCUUGGACAACCUGAAAAAGCUCAAGCAAUUGCAGUUGACAGGUUGUUGCAUGCUCACUGAACCUCCCGACGACCUUCCUCGUUCUCUGGAGGUCCUGAGCUUAGAUCUCCACGACCCAGUUACCUUCCUGCCAGAUCUCUCAAUGCUGUCAAAUUUGAGGAGAUUGACUCUGAGUGUGGAGGGGACAGGGCAAGGAGCAGCCGGAAUUGGCAGCAGCAGCAGCAGCAGCAGCAGCAGCAGCAGCGCACCUCAUCUGAAACAUCUGGAGAACUUGGAGUAUUUGAAUUUAACCAUUGGAGCAGCUGUUGAGAAGUUUCCGUUCCCUCGGUUUCCCUUCCCGCAGCUUCGCGUUUUGGAGAUCUCAUAUGGAAAUCAGAUCCAGCGGCUUCCAAGCGACCUCGGGAUUGACCUGCCGCAGCUACGGCAGCUGCGAUUGCACGUCACCGAGGGGUUGACAGAGCUACCAGAUUCCAUCACACGGCUCCAGCACCUCACAUCGCUGGACAUACAAUGCGCGUCCCAGCUGCGCUCCCUCCCGGAGGGCAUUGGUGCCUUAUCCAGGCUGAGGUACCUUCGCCUGUCCCGCUGCGCUGCACUGCAGCACCUUCCUGCCUCCCUCACGCGUCUCUCGUGUCUUCACGAGCUGAAUGUCGAGGACACAGGCAUCCGUGCCCUUCCUGCCAACGUGGCUCAGCUGUCCCGGCUGAAGGACCUGUACUUGGGAGAGUGCAAGCAGCUGCAGGCGCUGCCCGAGGGCUUGACUGACCUCAAGAUGCUGCGGCUCAUGGGGAUAAAAGGGAGUGACCUCGCGAUUGACAGUAUGAGCGACGAGCAGGAAUGUUGCAUUUAUAACAUGUAUGACUUGAGGACCGAUAUCUCUGGUCAAUAG